CGCCAAGGCCCGUUGGUGUAACGGCGAAGAACUGGGGCUUGAGUUGAUUAACCUAAGGUACCUAGCGAUGGCGCGGGCAUCACUGUUUGCUGUUUCCCGUGGCCUCACGAAAAAUGACCGUCGCACCGUUACUUCCUUCGAUACCAGGUUAGUGCAUCGCAACUGCACUCAAGGUCUAGGUAGGCUAUAGUUUCUAGCAAAUUUAGGUACUCACUCCCCACAAAUUUGUUCAAGGGUAAUAACAGCAUUCGUAGGCAGCGACCGGAUGCCUUAGGUAAUAAGGAGGACGGUAACGUUUUAACUAACAUUUUAACUCGACGAGUGGUACAAAAUAGAAUCGACUUGAAAUUCUACUCUCUCGCCAUUUCUAUCAUUACAUUCAUUGUAUUUGACCUACUCGCUUCAAUAUGCCUUCCCAGAAUUCAUCCGAGAGGCUUAGCCUUCCUGGCUUCGGUUUACCCGUUGAACACAUGCCGGACUACAGCAAGAUCGCCUCAUACUUCCUUCAUGCCCUUUGGGAUGGAAAAUCAUUCGAGAGUGAGGGCUUGGCGUUGCGUGAGAUUCGCAUGAUGGGCUUCAUCGACCAGAUUUCAGACAAACCGAAUUGGGAAGAAAAGGUUUUUGACGAGACAAUUGUUGCCAAGUGGAAAGAGGAAGCAAACAUGGUCUCACAUCAAAACCUCGACGGGGAUGUCUAUUUAUCUGACAAGAUGUUUGAAAACUGUAUCAAAGAGCUCCGUGAUAAGGCGAAGCAAGUGAAAACGACUGGCAUCGUCACUGUGUUAGACGCUGAGUUAGCUGUUGCCAAGUCUGACACAAUCGUACCGCCUUCGCUAGUAGAUGCUCUUAGGUUCGGAGUUAAAUCCUUGGAAGAUGUGCCUAACAAAGACAAAGAUUGGCAUCCCAGGUCCGAUGGAAAAGUUCUUGACCUCUUAAACCCAUCUCUAUUCCCGCUUGUCUACGGCACCACACGUGUGUUACCCUAUGGUAAAGUUCCACUUGAAAACUGCGCUUCUAUCAUUGGCGAAGGAGAGACUACCAUAUUUUUUGAGCAAGACAGAACCUACGAACCCUUGCUUUGGGGGAACAACCAGUGGUUACCUAGCGAUGUUGUGUGGACAGAGACUGGUCCCAGGAUUGCAAGCUACAUCAACAACCUGCAUCCCGUGGACCACAAGGGCUUGUACGAAGUUUUCGAAGGGUUCGUAUCUGCAGCUGUUCCCCUUUGGGAAGAGUGUUUGUUCCGUAAACCAGCACUGAAACCACGCAUCAUCUGCGAGAGCAAAGGUUGGACAGAAGACUACUACUUGCCCGAGCCUAAAGAUUAUGCCCCUCGCGAAAGAGACCCAUUAGGCAAGCCAGACCUAAAAAAGGAUUUCCCCGAUGGUCUUCAGGUUAUAUUCAAGCUUGCAAACAUCCACUUGACCCCUGAGAAUCCCGAGUAUGACGGCGGCAGCUGGCAUAUCGAAGGAGCUCUCAAUGAGAGAAUCGUCGCCACUGCGCUCUAUUAUUACGAUGCCGAGAAUAUUAGCGAAAGCCGGCUCGCAUUCAAACAGGCCGUCGACACUAAAAAAUUGCACAUGCUACUAUCUCAGGGAGAGUUUCCACCUCUGAUGCUUCGGACGGGGAUUGUGAACAACCUAGAAGAUCUACCUUUCCAGGAGCUCGGAGGUGUAUUCACGCGGCCCGGGCGCCUACUUGCCUUCCCUAACGUAUUUCAGCACCAAGUACAACAGUUUCGACUGGAAGACCCGACCAAGCCAGGCCACAGGAAAAUCCUUGCCAUGUUUCUCGUUGAUCCCAACAUCCGUGUACUGUCUACUGGGGUCGUUCCACCACAGCGACGAGAUUGGUGGGCACCCGAAGUACGUAAAAUAUCCCCCUUUUCGAAAAUCCCAGUUGAGAUUUUCCAUAUGAUUAUAGACUUUGUGGAGGACUUUCCUAUGAGCUGGGAGCGAGCUGAGGAGGUACGGGAAGUUCUCAUGGAUGAACGCAGCUGGAUAAAUGAGGACUGGGAAGAUAAAAUUAGCGAGAAUGCCUACUAUUUCAGCGAACAUUAAUGGCUCAAACUCGAUCAACGAUUAUCUAUCUAGAUACAUCAUGCCGAGCUAUAACUUGAAGAGAUAGUUAUCAAAUAGCUUAGAAUUUUCUCUUUAAACCAUGAACGAAUAACUCACGGUAUUACUUGUUGAACUUGAGCAAGGACUCCUCAUAUUAAUAUCUGAGUGCGUUAAUAGGGGGGGAAGGGACAGUACAAUCUACACUGUGUAAAACAUUAUUGUCUUUGGCUCAUCACGAAGACCUACGACAACAUGGUGCAGGACUCCGCCAAGAGACUAGUAGCAAAUUGUAUCCAGGUUGACAUUUAGCAUUCGCGUAGCUAGGAGACUAUUACAAUUAAUUUACAAGUG